CCUCGGGCUGGGGCAGGGACGUGGGCAGAAAUAAAGAAAGAGGUUAACAAUGACAACCUUCCUAGAAUUCAUCCAGCAGAAUGAAGACAGAGAUGGAGUUAGAUUCAGCUGGAAUGUUUGGCCUUCAAGUCGCCUUGAAGCUACAAGAAUGGUAGUCCCAGUGGCUGCUCUCUUUACACCUCUGAAAGAACGACCUGACUUGCCUCCCAUUCAAUAUGAACCAGUUCUGUGCAGUAGGACUACAUGUCGUGCAGUUCUGAAUCCCUUAUGCCAAGUGGAUUAUCGGGCAAAACUUUGGGCUUGCAACUUUUGUUAUCAGAGAAAUCAGUUUCCUCCUACUUACGCUGGUAUAUCUGAAAUGAAUCAGCCUGCAGAACUUUUACCUCAGUUUUCUAGCAUUGAAUAUGUAGUGCAGCGUGGUCCUCAGAUGCCUUUGAUAUUUCUUUAUGUUGUGGACACUUGCAUGGAAGAUGAAGACUUGCAAGCCUUGAAGGAAUCCAUGCAAAUGUCAUUAAGUCUCCUACCACCAACUGCAUUGGUAGGUCUUAUUACCUUUGGAAGAAUGGUACAGGUUCAUGAACUUGGCUGUGAAGGGAUUUCAAAAAGUUAUGUCUUCAGAGGAACAAAAGACCUGUCUGCAAAACAACUUCAGGAAAUGUUGGGGCUUACUAAAGUAGCUGUUUCUCAAGUAGGCCGGGGUCCUCAGGUACAACAGCCGCCACCUUCCAACAGAUUUUUGCAGCCAGUGCAGAAAAUUGAUAUGAAUCUCACUGAUCUAUUGGGUGAAUUGCAACGGGAUCCGUGGCCUGUUCCACAGGGGAAAAGACCUUUGCGGUCCUCUGGAGUAGCUCUUUCUAUAGCUGUUGGACUCCUUGAGUGCACUUUUCCUAAUACUGGUGCACACAUAAUGAUGUUUAUUGGAGGGCCAGCUACUCAAGGACCUGGCAUGGUUGUAGGAGAUGAACUGAAGUUGCCCAUAAGAUCGUGGCAUGAUAUUGAAAAAGACAAUGCCAAAUAUGUGAAGAAGGGUACUAAGCAUUUUGAAGGUCUUGCUAACCGUGCUGCUACAAAUGGUCAUGUUGUUGACAUAUAUGCAUGUGCAUUGGAUCAGACUGGCCUUCUUGAGAUGAAGUGCUGUCCCAACUAUACUGGAGGUUACAUGGUAAUGGGAGAUUCGUUCAAUACAUCUUUAUUCAAACAAACCUUUCAGAGAGUGUUUACCAAAGAUAUGCAAGGGCACUUCAAGAUGGGAUUUGGUGGCACAUUAGAAAUAAAGACUUCAAGAGAAGUAAAAAUUUCAGGAGCUAUUGGACCCUGUGUUUCCCUCAAUUCUAAAGGACCUUGUGUGUCAGAAAAUGAGAUUGGAACUGGGGGUACAUGCCAGUGGAAGAUCUGUGGACUUAAUCCCACUACAACUCUUGCACUCUACUUUGAGGUAGUCAAUCAGCACAAUGCUCCGAUUCCUCAGGGUGGACGUGGUGCAAUCCAAUUUGUGACUCAGUAUCAGCAUUCAAGUGGGCAGAGACGUAUCAGAGUGACCACUGUUGCCAGAAACUGGGCAGAUGCACAGACACAGAUCCAAAACAUAGCUGCUUCUUUUGACCAAGAGGCAGCUGCUAUUCUUAUGGCUAGAUUGGCAGUUUAUAGGGCAGAGACAGAAGAAGGACCUGAUGUGCUUAGGUGGCUGGACAGGCAACUCAUACGACUGUGUCAGAAAUUUGGAGAAUACCACAAGGAUGAUCCAAGUUCCUUUAGGUUUUCAGAAACUUUUUCACUUUAUCCACAGUUUAUGUUUCACUUAAGAAGGUCUCCUUUCCUGCAAGUUUUUAACAACAGUCCUGAUGAGAGUUCAUACUAUCGUCAUCAUUUUAUGCGUCAAGAUCUAACACAGUCACUUAUCAUGAUUCAACCAAUCCUCUAUGCUUAUUCUUUCAAUGGACCUCCAGAGCCUGUUCUUCUUGAUAGCAGCAGCAUUUUGGCAGAUCGUAUUCUUCUUAUGGACACCUUUUUCCAAAUCCUUAUCUAUCAUGGAGAGACCAUAGCUCAGUGGCGAAAGUCAGGCUACCAGGACAUGCCAGAAUAUGAAAACUUUCGUCAUCUGUUGCAAGCUCCAGUAGAUGAUGCCCAGGAAAUUCUCCAUUCCAGAUUCCCAAUGCCCCGGUACAUUGAUACAGAGCAUGGAGGCAGUCAGGCCCGCUUCCUGCUUUCUAAAGUCAAUCCUUCUCAGACUCAUAACAACAUGUAUGCCUGGGGACAGGAGUCAGGAGCACCUAUUCUUACAGAUGAUGUCAGCCUGCAGGUCUUCAUGGAUCAUCUGAAGAAACUUGCUGUCUCUAGUGCUGCCUGAAAUUCUGCAACAUACUAAAGACAUUGACAAGCUUGAAGCCAUAUUUAAUUUUUAUUUUUCAUUUACCCUUUUCAUUGUGUCUGCAAACAGAAUGCUCUGAUAUGCACAAGCUGCCUAACUAGAUUCAAAAUGGUGUUGUUUUCAAGUUAGAGCAUUUGUUAUCAGCAAAUGUCUUAAUGCAAAUUGCAGUUUCUAAAAAUGACAUAUAGGAGGUUAAAUUGGAAUAUAAUCAGAGGAAAAAGAACAAAAUCUUUUUGGUUACCAUGAUAUUAUAAUUAUUUUUAGACCAUUAAUGAUAACUCUCUCUCUGUCUUUUUUUUAAAUGGUUGUGUGUAUGAUUCUGCCUUGCACUACAAAGAUGUUAAACAUUACAAAGGAAAUCUAUAAUGGGACUAGGACUCGAUUGCUUGGUGCCUAGUUCUGUUUACUCAUUUUGAACAGAAAGUAAACAAAAGCAGCAGCAAAAAGCAUAUGGAAUAAUAUAAACUCAUUGUUUUGAUUUUGUCCACAGAACAUUUCUUUUCUGUAAUAGUCAGUCAUGUGUUCAUGUGUAGUUAUUAUUUAGAAAAAAUAUUUUCUUUCAAGUAUUCAAAUACCAAUGAUUUUUGGUUACAAAAUAUUGUAUCUUAUUUUUUGUUUAAGUAGUUUGAAUACACUUGACAAAUUUUAAAAUAAGCUCUUGUCCAAAGCUCCAAAGCUUAAAGCUUAGAAUCCACACAUUAUAUCUUUGACAAAAAACAUACUUAUUAGUAGUAUCAAGCACUACCAUAUAUAAACAAAAUUCAAAGAAGAGGACAAAAAUAAAUAUCUGAUACUUUUUAAGCUCGGUUAGAGAAAAAGCCUACUUUAUAGAUGUGAAGUGACUAGAAAUGUAGGCUUGACUUAUUUCAGCAAGUAAAAUAUAAUUUUUUCUAAAAUAUUCAGAUUAUUUUUUUAUUAUAGCCUUAUAUUAUACUAAUUCAUGACACUACACAUACUUUCUUGCUUCUGUUUCCCUUUGGUUAUAUAAACCCAGUAAGCUGCAAUUCUUGUUAAAACAGUAUUAUAUAGUAUAUGCUGUGAUUGUAAUAAAUUUGAUAUCCAGUUUUUGCUUGAUUUUUCUUGUAAAUUAAGAUGCGUACACAUUUACUGUUUUAAAGUUUACAUAUGGAACAGAUGUUUACAUUGUUAAUACUAUUUUGGCAGAUAAUUGACAAGUAGAUAUGUGAAUUGUGGUGAUGGAUAAGAACAGUUUGUGCAGUGACUGAAGGAAGAGAGCAAAUUUGACAUAGAAAUCCAAUCAUAAGCUCGUGAGAUAGGUAUGAAUUUUCUCUUGUUUGUAAAUUCUGCAUUACUUGAUGAAAUCAGUUGUUGUGUUUUAUUCUGUAAUUUUCUUUUAUCUAAAGGAGAUACAAAUAAAGUAUACAUUUCUCUCA